AUGCUUGGAAUUACCGAAAAGAAAUGGUUAGGGUUAAGCACCCUGCGAUGCCACUUCCACGACAAGAGCGACGCGACUGAUAAGACAAUUGAAAUGAGACCAUGCUAUGAGGCUCGAGUGUUGCCGUCAGAGUUGUCGACUCCUAUCGCGCAGCUCAGCGACAAGGUUUCCAUUCAAGGCGGCAUCGAGCUUGAUGAACAAUGUGCAUCCUCUCAAGUAUCACAUCACCCCGAUGUGCCUAUCAAUUAUUACGCGAUACAGGAACCAAUUAAUCGCAAUCAGCGUAUACUCCCCCAAUCUUUUUCAACGAACAACAUGGUGUCUUUCGAUGAGGGCGAAGACGAUCUGUACUUGCUCAAGGCAUCCAGCGCAUUGCUGAACGAUUUAGUCCAUGGAUUGAAUAGAUUGCUCCGGCGGCCAAAUGGCCAAGUACAUAGUCUUGUCAAGCAAAAAGAUCUAGACCGGAUCGUAAAUAUCAUUGAGACUUUUCAAGGAGAACCGCAAUUACUCGAUGCCCACCUCGUCAAGAUCCUACUUCCGAUCGUCAGCGCUCUCCUCAGUUGUCUUGCGCAGGCGAGAAGUCAGAAGACGGAUAAACACAUCGAUUCGCAAGUCGCAAUUUGCACAAUACUCUAUACGCUAUGCAAAGUCCGAGGGCAGAAAGUAAUCGUGGGGUUCUUCAACAACGAGCCGAGAUAUCUCGAGCUCAUACUGGUUGCGCUCGAAGCCACUCUGAUUGACAGCUGUAGUCAUGGGAAGUCAUGGCAAUUGCACUACAUUUUAUCGCUUUGGCUAUCACAUCUAUUACUCACGCCUUUCGAUCUUAGCACAAUUUCGUCUGCGCCCUGCGUGAUCAGCAACGCUGAGGAGUCACAAGCAGCCUUUCUGCAGAGUCUUCCCCCAUUGACAGCUCGCAUCCUCCAAGUCGGCUUGUCAUACAUUUCAUCAUCGACCAAGGCUCAGGACGCUGCGGCAAAAUUGAUAGUCCGACUCAUCGUGCGGCCCGAUGUACAAGGCCAUCGAAUUGGGGAUUGGCUGCUCGAUCGUAAUCUCGCACUACUUCGUGGCGGGAGUGAUACAGGUCGCAAUGAUGUCUACGAGUACAUCGGAAGUCUCCGAUUAUUGGCAGACAUAUCGUCCGCGAAUGAAGUCAGCCAUCUAUUACCCAGGAUAUACUCGUCGUGUCAAGAGCUAUUUGAUGAGGAGGGAGGGAACUUGAUCGCAUCAAACGCAGUCGGGAAAAAGCUCGCAGUCAAGAUUUUUCGGAACAUUGGAAUCCUGUCACUCAAGUCGACAGUCUCGGAAAGUCCCCUGCUCGAGUUUGUACAAUCUACUGGCGUUGUUGAAGGCGUUAUAGACUACCUUCUAAGGUCGCUCGGCGACAAAGAUACGCCUGUGAGACUGGCUGCGGCCAAGGCAGUGAGUCUUAUCGUGCUUGAACUUGGUGAAGAAAUGGGUCAUGAAGUGGUCGAAGCCAUCCUGGAAACAUUGAAAGAGGAUAUUCCGAGAUCUUCCGCCAAAGUCGACUUGACCACAGUGGAUCCCCUCAAGUGGCAUGGUCUUAUACUCGCAUUGGCUCACGCCUUGUUCAAGCGAUCAGCAUCUCCCGAACAAUUGCCAGACAUUCUCAAAGCUUUAUUCACUGCACUUCAAUUCCAACAGCGCACAGCAACUGGUACGCUGCUCGGCACCAAUGUGCGCGAUGCCGCAAAUUUUGGCAUCUGGUCGCUGGCUCGGCGGUAUACAUCGACCGAACUUGCAGCCGUCAGUGUCAGGGCAUUGUCGUCCGAUGAUGUAUCAACGUCUGCUGGAUCGAUCGUACAGCUUUUGGCUAUUCAACUACUGCUCUCCGCUUGCCUAGAUCCAGCUGGAAACAUCCGGCGUGGUUCAUCUGCUGCACUCCAAGAACUUGUUGGCAGGCAUCCCAACAUAGUGCGUGAGGGCAUAAGUCUGGUUCAGGUGGUCGACUACCAAGCCGUCGGUCUGCGGCACCGUGCUAUGAUCGAUGUUGCAGGCCAAGCUGCAGCCUUAGAUCCGCUGUACUGGAGUUGCUUGACAGAAGCCCUUCAUGGUUGGCGAGGACUCGGAUCGUCGGAUGUCUCAUCUCGUGAGAGCGCCGCAUCAUCAAUAGCAUUGCUCUGGGUCAGCCAACCCAUAACCAUUCACAAAGAUGUUGUAGAUGACUUGAUCAAGAAUCUGCAGGCUCGAUCUUCAAGCAAUGUCGAGGCGAUUCAUGGCGAUGCACUUGCGAUUGCCGGCAUCCUAAAUCACAGCGCGCAUCUGAAUAUUUCGGAUCGACUCAAUUUGGUUCAGCUUUGGACGGUCAUGGAUGACUUGCAAUCUGCUUUCGUCGAAUUCUCCCCAAGAUUGCUGCGCGCUGAGCUACCAAAAGCGAUCAUGAGAAUCACGACGGAAUUGUGCAAGCUUUCAAGCCGCGACAUUCGGCUGGCUAGCGAUACAGAUUUGCAUUCGUGUAGAUUAAUGGACCGGAUGACUGAGCGACUGCUGACCCGUCACGAGGAUUGGAUCCUGAAUCUCGUUCCGGAUAUGGUCUCUCAGCAGCGCAUAUUCUCCCAAACUCACAAGGUGAAGUUGUCGUCGAUAGAUCGCCAGCACCUCUCUGUGGAGAUCCAAAGAAGUUCCGGCAAAUCUAGCUUGCAUGGAGCCGGAAGGGCUAUUGCACUCGGAACCAUCGCAACAUCGCCGUCGACUGAGCAAAGCGAACAGCCAUCAAGCGCGGCUAUACAAUGCUUAGCGGACCUCAUGAAGGCUACCAACGUCGAUUGGCGAAUUAUUGGUGCCAAAUCUCUGCAAUUGACGGCCAAUAGCCUUAUCACUGUCGAGAUCGAAGACACGAUGCUCAUCAAGAUCAUCUGCUCUGCAAUUCGAAGGGGUCUGAAGGACUAUACUAUCGAUGAACGCGGCGACAUCGGUUCAUUGGUCCGCAUUGAGGCGAUCAAAUGUACCUCUAGCGUCUUCACAGCUACGCUUUUAAAGGACGAAAUGGAACUCAAACAAGACCUUGAGUCCGAUAUUCAUCGACUGUCGCUGGAGAAGCUGGAUCGCGUUCGUAUACAGGCCGCCCAAUGCCGAUCGGAAUUCAUGAACCUGGACUGGAGUGUCACUGAUAUAUCGAGCAUUUCCACAACAGCUUAUUUCACGAUAGCCCUUGCACCAUUACUGAGCUCAGACUCGCCCGAUUGGAAGCGUUCCGGUCUGCUUUCGGGAUGCAUCUCAUGCGCAGGCACUGGUGCAGAGGCGUUACUUCAAGCGGCUCGACAAGUUCUUGCUACAAGCAUGAUGAGCGCACCUGCGGAGCUGCUUGAGCGUUUCAUGAGCGACUUCACGAGUGUCCUAAAGAGAUUGCUAGACGAGAAUAUCACUGCCAUUCAUCCCGCGCUGGAGCUUCUCGCGUUCGUACUUCGAUGCAACCUCGUUGACGCUGUUUUCAGCUCCCAGAGCUUCAAAUGGCGUGGUUUGCUGCUGACAGUGCAAAAAUCUCAUUUCAAGUCUAACGACAUCCCAAGGAUUGUCGCGGCGGUACAGGUGUAUAUUGGUUUGGCCCGGGUUGCCGCAGUUCGCGAGGAAACGUUGAAAAAGCUUUUGAGCAUGCUCAAGACCAAUCCUUAUCCUCGCGUUCGCUUCGCAGUCGCUGAUGCUUUAUGGAUCUCCACGGGAAACGAAGCAUUGAGAGCAUACGAUGCCACAUUGCCAGCUGUCCAGCACGCGCAAUUAUUCGAACAGCUUUCGGUUCACUGA